AUGUUGACCGAUCGGUGCGGGAGGCCGCAGGCGAACGUCAUGCUCAUCAACGACUUCCGGAGCUGUUCGCUCUUUGCAUGGAACGGGGGCUCCAACCACGGGGCCACCUGCAAGGAGCUUAUGGCGGAAUGGCCGCACAUCGAGUACCUGCCGUGCGCUACACACGUGCUCGACCUCCUGAUGGAGGACAUGGGCAAGAUCUUGUGGGCGAAGGAGAUUGUGGAUCGGUGCGGGGACAUGAUCAGCUAUGUCCGCAACCACCAUUUCACCCGUAAUUACCUAAGGAGUGGGGCAGUAAAGGGAGGAAAGGGGAAGCAGCUUGUGAAGCCGGCAGGGACCAGGUUCGGCACCAACUUCAUCGCCCUCUCAAGGCUGUGCCAGCUGCGGUGGACGUUGUCUCAAAUGGUGCUGAGCGAGGAGUACGGCAACUGGGGGAGUGGGACAAAGAAGCUGACGGCGGAUACGUUCCGCGGCCACGUCAUGGGCGACGAGUGGUGGAAGAAAGCAACAUACAUUGUGGAGCUCUUGGCGCUUCCGUUCAAGGUGAUGCGAGCCACGCAUAGCAGCGCUAAGGGCAUGAUGGGCACCAUCUAUGACCUCAUGCUCCAGCUGACCGAGGACAUGAAUGCUAAGCUGGAGGCGGGGGGCAAGAUUCUAACGCGGGCGGAUGCGGCUGAGAUAGGGAAGAUUGUUAGGCACCAUUGGGGGAAGAGAGCCUCGCUUGCGCGCUUCACGUCGUUGGCCGGAUCCUGA